GUCGGAGGCGUGGCCUAAGGUCCCGCCCACUCGUCCUCCGGUGACUCCGCUACAGCUUGCAGAACCCCGGGAGAACAUACCAGAACCUUCAGUAUACUCCGACCGUCUCACACACACAUAUACACACCAAAGUCAUGCUCCCGGCAGCUGCCAAGUGGUACGACAGACGAGACUUUGUCUUCAUUGAGUUUUUGGUGGAGGACAGCAAGGAUGUUAAAGUAAAAUUUGAAAAAUCCAAAUUUGGUUUCAGUUGUCUCGGUGGGAUGGAUAACAUUGAGCACUCAAAUGAAAUCGAUCUCUUUGAUGCCAUUGAUCAAGACGGGUCCAAACACAGGCGCACAGACCGGUCGGUGUUGUGCUGUUUACGAAAAGUUGAGGGAGGGAAAUCCUGGCCCAGGUUAACAAAAGAGAAAGCAAAACUUAACUGGCUUAGUGUUGAUUUCAACAACUGGAAAGACUGGGAGGACGAUUCUGAAGAAGAUUUGUCAAACUAUGAUCGCUUUUCUGAGAUGAUGAACAACAUGGGAGGAGAUGAAGAAUUACCUGACUUAGACGGAGCAGAGGAUGAAUCAGCAGAUAGUGAUGAUGAGAAAAUGCCUGAUCUAGAAUAAAGUGACUGGUACAUUGUGAUUGAUAGACAGACAAGGGGAGGGAUGAACUACAAGUAAAAGGAGAUGCUGUCACAUAAAUGGUACAUGAUCUUAAAGAGAGCAAAGCUGUAUGAAUAUAAGACCAGUGGCAUUAUUAGCAUCACCUCUGUCCAUUCAGUGGCUGCACUCCAGAGGAUCGACAUAACCUUCUUUUGGAAGUUAAUAUGCAUAUUGUUGUACAGAGCUUCUUUAUCCCUCUCCUGAUGAGCAGUCCUGGCCCUUUUGUUUUGUUUUAAUCUGUUGUACUACAAAAAUAAGUAUACCUAAACUGAAAAUCUGCACUGUAUUCAUAUUUUUCAACUGAUAAGCAAUAGAUGUGAUGGAAAGUUACUUUUUUAUUGUAUGGCAUUGUAAUUAAAAUCGAAAAGUAAAACGUUUUUCUCUGACGAAACUUGAAACGGUAAUGGGAGUUUUGUCUUGUAAAAUCGUGUAGUUUAUGAUCUCGUGAUUAAAACAUGAAAAUAAGGA